GAACUGAGUCCUGAAGUGAGUGUUUUGUCCUCUGUGCUCUUUGAUUCUGAUAUAAAAGUUUUCUUGUCCAUUCACCUGGGAUCUCAAUCUUUUUUGUUCUGAAGGGCUUUCCCCUGUGCAUUAGGUUAUAUUAGGUUCAUGCCAGGUUUUGCAUCCAUUGGUAUUACACUAUUUGUCGUUUCUGUACAUUUGUCUGAAUUUGUUGAACUUGUGAAAUUAAGUGUAAAUGCUGUUAAUUUCUCCUGUGUCUGCAACUGGUAACUGGGAAGCUGCAGCAGUAUUCGUCUUGCUGCAUCCUGGAGGCUACCAAGUGUGCCCCAUUUCACCAUCAUGUGCAAGCUGACACAUUCCUCGGGCUGGACGGACUCAUGUCCUGCCUGCCAUGUCACUCGACGGCCAUUUUGCUGCCCGAGAUGCCCAGGGUGUCACGGAGCACACGAUUCGCUCCGUCCUUGGUGACAUUAAUGACACCCUAAGGAUCAAUCAGAGGAAGGUCUUCCAUCUGAUGUUGGUCGGUCCCAGCAAUGUGCCCUGCAGACAGUCGCUGCCGGGCCCCUCGGACUUGCUGGUUUCUGACCAGGAAAAGAAAAUCCAGUGCAAGCUGCCUGUGACCCCAAGCCCUGAAAGUACUAGACAGCCAGACAUCUCCAAUGAAGAGGAGAAUCAGGCCAGCAGCAGAGACGAGGAGCCCACCCCUCCCUCAAAUCAGCCACCUCCGGGCCAUGCACGAAGGAGGAGGCGCAAGGGACCCCCGUUCUUCCUCAGAUUCCUCCCAAAGUACCAGAGGAUCGGGGUAACAACCAAGACCCUCCAAAAUGGAAGCCCGGAGGCUGAGCUGGUGGCCUCGCCCAGGCAGACCUUCAGUCCAACCUUUCUUGGGUCAGCCACGAGUCGGCAGAACGGGGCUCAUUCCUCCAUUCCCCCAGUGGAUGAUGCCUGCACAAGCUCUGCGCAGAGAGAGCAACACAAGAGGCCACGAAUCUUCGCAAGACUCCGACGGGCCCUACCUUAGCAUCUCUGUACAUCACACACAGCCAGGCUCAUUUUAGGCAGCAAAUGUAUUCUCUCAUAUCGAACAUUCAAUUCCUGCUGCUGUUUGCAUGCACUUGUAUUGUAAAGCAGUAAUCCCCCUGCCCCUGAAAUUUCACUCUCCCUCACUAUUAAAACUUUAAUUUGUAUUCUUGGAUCUUAAUUUGUGCGUUUAUUCAAAGCUGAGUGGGACAAGGUUGGGAAAUGUCAAAUAUGUAAUAUUCUGCCUCUAUAGCUAAAAUACUUAUAAACAUUGUACAUCAGGAGAAAGUGUAAUAAAUCCUAUAGUAAAUGCUCAGUCUAAUGGUUUCAUAUGAAGUAUAACAGACCGACAGUGAUUUGUAAGAGUGGCAUGGUGGCCCAAUGGGCGGCACUACAGCUUCUCCGCUCUGGAUUUGAAUCGUGCUCCUCCCUGUUUGUGUGAAAAUGGCAUUGCACGGUA